CCGCCCCGCCGUGCCCCCCGCUGUCUCUGACAAGGUCUGAGGCCUCAGUCAUGCUCCCCCAGCCCCCACUCUCCCCACUGAGCCUUGGGAGGCCCAGCCCCUUCCACAGCUGUGUGUGUGUGUGUGUGUGUGUGUGUGUGUGUGUGUGUGUGUGUGUGUGUGUGUGUGUGAGGGAAUCUCCUGGUGAGUGGAGACAAGGGGGCCAGGGAGGGCAGGACCCUCUGAGGGGCAGUGGGCUGGGGAGCAGGCACUAUUUGGGAAGCAAUGACCUCAGCGAGCAGGGUUGGGACACUUCCCAGGCGGGCAGUGCUGGGAUCUGCCCCCAUAGUCGGAGCCUUGGGCCUCGGCUCGCCUGCCAAAUCCGUGGGCUGCACGGAAGAGGCCUGGGAAGAGAACGUUCCGUGCCUGGAGUGCUGCUGCCCAGCCCCACUGCACUCCACACUCAGACUCAGGAUUCAGAACUCUGGGCCUGAGGCCCAGGCCUCCACUGAGUCUGAGAGAGAGAGCACGUGCCAUGAGACGGGGUCGGAGCAGGCCUACAGGAGCACCCUGGGGCCUGACUCCUCGGGCUCCCUGAUCACAAAGUCUUCUCCGAACCUCUGCCUGCAUCGCUGCUCUCCCAGAGCAUCCUUCCUCCUUUCAUGGCCCUCCUGUGCCCUGGGACUCAGACCCCCUCUGCCUCCGGGGGAUUGUCCCCUGUGCUGGUGUGAGCUGCGUGUGGGCACGCAUGUGUGCAUGGUCUGCACCUCCCCUACAGGCUCUGGGCUUGCCUCCUUUCUGGCUUUCUCCCCAAGCUUGCUGACCUCGCUGAGAGGCCCCACUAGGGCCCUGCACGGGCUAAUUGGGACCUGUGACACACGAAGGGAGAGGGACAGUGGCCAGCUGACUUGGGCUGGUCUUCUGUUAGGAAGAGCAGGAUUUCCACAUAAAGCUCCCCUGUCCUUCAGAGACCUGCCCCUGCUCACGGGAUCCAGCCUGGGCUUCUCAGCUUCCCCCGGAGACCCUGCCAGGAGCAGCCCUACGUCAAGGCCCCUGAAAUGCAGGCCAGGGUGUCACUGUGACAGGCUGGGGGCUGCUCAGAGGAUGCAUCCCUCAUUGGUGUCACAUUGGAGGAAGUGUGUCAAGAUCCUGGUUCCCACACACUUCAGACCCCGCCCCCAGAGCUAUCCGCUCCCGCUCCAACCCAGUGCCCAUGAGCCUCUAGGGGCUUUUUCCCCUCCUACCUCACACACAGGGAGAUGAACUUGGGCUUCAUCUACUGAGUCCAGCAACAGUGAAGAGCAUCCAUGCUUCCUGACCCCAGACAAGUGUUCCCUUGCUCCCACAGAGGGAGCACAGCUCGGCCUGGCCUAACUCUAUACCCCCUAAAGAACUGGGUCAAGAAGUUCCCGUCGUGGCUCAGUGGUUAACGAAUCUGACUGGGAACCAUGAGGUUGCGGGUUCGAUCCCUGGCCUUGCUCAGUGGGUUAAGGAUCCAGCAUUGUCGUGAGCUGUGGUGUAGGUCG